AUGAGCGAAAAACCAGUUCUACUGUUCGUCCACGGAGCAUGGCAUCCCCCCAAAUGCUACGACGCCAUAAAAUCAGCCCUCACCCACCUCAACUACGAAUGCAUAAUCCCCAAGCUCCCCUCCGUAGGCCCUGAAAGCCACGGCGUCACAUGGGAAGCAGACAAAGCCAAGAUAAUCGAAACCGCAGAACCUUUCUUCAACCAAGGUCGCGAAGUCGUUCUAAUCGCUCAUUCCUACGGCGGCAUUCCCGCUACUGCCGCGACUGAAGGUCAAGGCACACAAGAGCGUGCGAAGCGCGGCUUGAAAGGUGGAUUCCAUUCGAUUAUCUUCUUAGCUGCAUUUGCUAUCCCGGUCAAGGGCUGGGAUCUUAUCACCACGUUUGGUGGGGCUUAUCCGCCGUGGUUGCAGGCGGGUGAGAAGUAUACAAAGAAUCAAAUUACUGCGAUGGCGGAGGGGGCGAGGGAGAGUGUGUACAGUGGCUGUACCGAGGACGCGAUAGAUAAAGCUUUGGAGUCUACGGAGCCGCAUUCCCAGGAUGCGUUUGAGACGAGCCUGAACUUUAUCGCUUCGGAUAUUACUAUCCCGAAGACAUAUAUCAUUUGCGAAAAUGACCAGCUUAUCUUAUUGCCUCUUCAAGAAAGGCUUGUUGAGUCAACGCCUGGGAUGAGAUCUGCAAGGCUGGCGGCAGGUCAUAGUCCGUUCGUGGAGAAGACGAAGGAGACAGCAGAAUUAAUCGUCAAGAUUGUUGAGGGUCGAGCGUAA